ACUCCGUACACCACCGAUAGAAUCGCACGUUUGUCGCGCGUUGCUUUGUUGAUUAGAAUUCGUGUUUUCUAGUUUCUUUCCAGCAGAUAUCAGCAGAAAAUCAUCAUGACUACGCUUCCUAUGAACCCGAAACCAUUCAUAAAUUCAUUGACUGGGAAACCUGUCAUCGUGAAACUGAAAUGGGGAAUGGAAUAUAAAGGAUACCUCGUGUCUGUGGACGGGUAUAUGAACAUGCAACUGGCAAACACAGAAGAAUAUGUUGAUGGGGCUUUAUCAGGACAUCUCGGAGAAAUAUUGAUUCGUUGUAAUAACGUACUUUACAUCCGGGGAGUAGAAGAAGAUGAUGAAGAAGGAGAAAUGAAAGAAUAAUCCUCCCCGGGAAUUCCCGGGAACUGAGGAUAAAUAUUUGUGGACUCAGAUGUAUGACUGAAGAACUCCAAUAACCGCUCCACAAACUUUUUGCUUAUCUUUCUAUACUGAAGACUUUUCCAAACCUAAAUACAACACUUUAUUUUUUUUUUCAAAAAGAAUCAUUAAAUUUUGAGCUUUUGGGACUUAGUUGAAUGUCCGAAUGUUUUAUCUAAUCAUAAACUUCUUUGCCAUUAUGGCUUUUCUCGAGAUCAUUCAUCCUCACGCCUUAGAUUUUGUUCCAGAGUGAGAAUUGAUACCUUUUAACCCAAUAAGUAUGCCUAAUGCUUUCAGAAAUCUGCAGCAUUAAGCUUGGACUUUUUAUAUUUUUCCCACUGGUUUGGUGAUCGCAUCUACGAUGGUUUUUACAUGGGCCACCAUUAUAUCAAAUUUCAAUAAUGGAAACAUUGUCAUAUGUGUUAUGUGAGCUGUUAAAAAUGCUUAGUAAAAUUGCUUUAGUCUUUUAAAUUUUGUUUUUGACUUCUUGACUUGUUCUGAUUUAAAGCAUUUGACCUCGUUAAGAAUAUAUAUUUGAAAAUGUGCUUUAAAAUUCUUAUUUGCCACCCUUGUUGGCCACCAAUUUCAACAGAUUUUGCAAAUUCACUCAUUUUAAAAUGUAUUAUGAAUUGCAGAUUAUUCUUUUUGACCACCCUUGGUACAAAUAUCAUUUCUUAAAUUAAUUCCCACAGUUUUUUUGAAUUCACUGAAUAUAGAUUGAUUUUUAUGUGUUCUUUGUUCAACAUUAUAAUUCAGAAUGUAAUUGGAAUAGAAUACUAUUGGGCUUUGACCAUUCAUCAGUUUGUAACAUUCUCUAACUAAUCUAAAUUAUUAGAUAUCAUUUCUUUUUUUCCUGUCUAAAGCUCUGAUGAGAGUAGAAAAGUUCAACGGGAAGGAAUUCCUAAAAUUCUUGUUUUUGAGACCAAAAUCAGAAUGUAUCUGGUAUGACAGAAUGGAAAAAGGUGAUUUUUUUGGCAAACCCUGGUUUAAAUAAGCCUUUGUUAAAUAAAGCGUUUUCACCCAGUUGUUUGUAUUUGGCGUUUUUGUAUUAAAGGUUGCACAUCCCUGGUUUAAAUAACAUUUUUAAACUAAUUCAUUGACUUAUUUGUGUUUUGUGCUGAGAAUUCUGGCAACCCAGGAAUUUUAUUUUAAAAUGUAUUUGGAAUAAUAGUUUGUUCAUUUCACCAUUUUUGCUUUUAUCCUGUCCAACUUUUUUUUCUAACUUUUA